AUUAAUUUUAUGCUCUGCGGAAAUCCAGAUCCAUUAAAAGGAAAAAGAAAAAAAAAACAACAUUAAAAAAAGAAAAUAUAAACCCCUCACCUCUUCCUUCUUCGCGAAGAACAAAGUCACAUCGACUCCUGACCCAAAAUCUCAUCUAAAAUUCUAUAGUAAUAAUAAUAAUAAUACUAAUAAUUUAUACAAACAAACAAUCAGAUUCAGAUCACUUCAAUAUCCAUAAUGAGCUCUCCGUCGAUUCCUGGAGGGACGGCUUUAUAUAGUGGAUUCACCAGACUAUGCAAAGGAUUAGCUGUGGUACUUGUAGCCGGUCACCUUAUAGUUCAAAUUUUGCCUUCUUCUCUUUCCUAUCUCGCUCUUAUUCCUGCCAAGACAAUUCCUUUUGGAUGGAACCUAAUUACAGCAGGUUACAUUGAACAGUCAAUUUAUGGGGUGGUUGUCAGUACUUUAUGUCUUCUUAUUAUGGGGAAACUACUUGAACCUGUAUGGGGUUCCAAGGAGUUCUUGAAGUUCAUUUUCAUAGUCAACUUUCUUACUUCUGUAUGUGUUUUCAUUACUGCCAUUGCCUUGUACUACAUUACAACGCAGGAAAAUUAUCUUUAUAUGCCUAUUUCUGGCUUCCAAGGGGUCUUAUCAGGUUUCUUGGUUGGCAUGAAGCAAAUCAUACCUGAUCAAGAGCUAUCUGUAUUGAGAAUAAAGGCAAAGUGGCUUCCAUCCCUUGCGCUCUUGCUGUCUAUUGCUGUAAGUUUCUUUACACCAGAAUCUGUGACAUAUCUUCCAACCAUCAUAUUUGGCACAUACCUGAGCUGGAUUUACUUGAGAUACCUACAAAGGAAACCAGAAACAAAACUUAGGGGAGAUCCAAAUGAUGAUUUUGCAUUCUCUACUUUCUUCCCUGAAUUUCUUAGACCAGUCAUUGAUCCCAUUGCCUCAAUAUUCCAUCGGAUGCUCUGUGGAAGAUCUGAAACUUCAACUGAAGCGCAGGGUUAUACUCUCGGAGGUGCUCCAUUGCCUGGUUCUGAUCCCAUCGAGGCAUCUAGAAGGAGAGAAAGGGGAGCUAGAGCACUAGAAGAAAGAUUGGCAGCUGAGAGGUUGGCAGCCGCAAGGAGUUCAGAUGACUUGAAAAAAGAUGCUUCGGAGAAUGUUUGAUAGCUUGGAGACUCGAUUUAACCCGAAAAGCAACUGAAACGUUGUCUUUCUAUGACAACUUACAGAUUUUGUGUAGUAUUUGGGGAUUUAUUAGUCUUUUUCGUUGAUUUUUCAAUAACAGUUUUGUGAUGCAAAUUGCUGUGGGCUGUUAUUAUUCUUAUAGUAAAAUUUGUUGCUGUAAAAUCUAAAUUUUAUUCAUGAUGACUCAAUCCUCGCUCAAGAGAUCAAGCAGAAAACCUGAAAACAAUCGAUGAACUGCUGAUAAGUGGUCAUUUUAAAGCUAAGUUUUUGGGACCAA